AGAUCACUCACACCACCAAAAUAGAAAAAGCAAGUUCUAGGGUUUCUGAAUCUCUCAUCUACCCUGAAUCUCUCACCCACCACCCUAAUGGCAUCUAGAAGAAAACACCUCUUCACACAAUCAGCUGUGAAAGCUGGAACCCCUAAGGAUUAUUACAUGAAUCCGUCUGAGAGACUGAUGGCCAAAAAAUCUGGAUGGAGUGUUCUAGAACAUGAAGAUUAUAUUGAGACGAUAUUCGACAUGUCUGCUUUCAAUUACAUGGAAGGUGAAAUUGUUUAUGCCAAAGGAUACAACUGUCAAGCUAUUGGAGAUUCUGUAAACAAGGAUGAUGAGUGCGGUUACAUUAUGAACUCUGAUUUCAUUGAUUUUAAGGGUAUUGAUGGUGAGAUGAAAGGUGGCCUUACUAAGAUGUAUUUUCCCAAAAUCAAACGUGAUGAUACUAAGAAGAAGAAUGUUGUUGGAUCGGGUUCAGCUUGAGUAGUACUAGUAACAGAAAUGGAAGGUGGGUUCUCUUUCUAGUUAUUUUGUUUCAGCUUUUUUUUCUAGGAUUUCUGGUUUUAGUAUCUAGGGGUUUUUGAGAGUUAUGUUAGAUAUUGGUAUUUUGAUGAUCAUCAGGGGAUUAAUGAUGUAGUCCUUCCAUUUCUGUAAUGAUAGAAAAUUUGAGUAGUACUAGUAGUAAGAAAAUGGAGUAGUACUAGUAUGAAAAAUGGAAGGUGCAUUUCUAUGAAACUUUCUU